CUCAAGACGAAAAGAUGCAGCGAUUUAAUAUUCUGCAAUUAUGCUCUCGAGAGCAACAUGCGUUUCUCUUUGGUUUUUAUUCACGUUAUUGAUUUUGGAAGGUACGACAGAUAAUCUGCACGAUACGGAAAUGUAUUGCGAUGAUGCAUAUCGUUCAAAGUACAUCGUGUCAACGUCACUUUUUAGUUUAUCUUCAGACACAAAUGAUACAAAUAAUAUCCAAGGUAAAAGCAUGUAUAUAUCACCGUAUAAAAUGAAUGACAACAACGAACAAUAUAGUGACAGUAGUAAUGAUAGUAGUGGUGAAAAUAGUGUAGAAAUUGCUGAUGAAGAUUUUAAAAAGCCUCAGAUGAGUGUCAACAAACAUUCAUUAUCAAGUCAACAGGUCUCUAGUGAUGAAAUGCUGUCGAAUGAGCUGAAACGCGUUCGCGAAGGGAAACCUUUCUCUCGGGAUGGCUGUCAUGUAAAUAAAAAUCUGAAUGAAAAUUCGUCCGUCCAGCGUGACACAUGGGCAGACAAAGUCGUCACGGACCAGCGCCGUCAUCCCCUCAUUGUCGUCGUGAACACCCAAAUAAACGUGAGUCUCAGCGAUGACGGCCAUGCCGAGACGUCGGUGUCAAAGCGAAGGAAACGCGAGAUCUUGGACGGAGGGAAUGCGUGCGUCCAUACGAGGCGGAUCAUCGGCGGGGUUUCGGUCGACAACAUCGAGGACGUACCCUACAUAGUGUUCGUCGACACGGGCUGCGCUGGCACCAUUAUAAGCAACAUAUGGAUCGUAACCGCUGCCCAUUGCAUCGGCUUAAAACCUCCGAAAUACGUUUAUGGUGGUAGCAAAAAACUUUUUACCGGCUGCAAGCAUAAGAUCGAAAAAAUAAUUAUUCAUCCAAAUUAUUAUGCAAAAACAUAUAAAGCUGACAUUACUUUAUUAAAAUUAUACCAGCCAUUUACAUUCUCACCAGCUAUUAAACCAAUGUCAAUGGAAAGUGAAAUGCCAAAACCUGGAAUUUGCGGAACUAUUUCUGGCUGGGGUAGUACAAAAGUGGGAGCAAGAAUGGAGUAUUACUUAAGGACGACCAUGUUACCGAUCAUUAGAAAGGAAAAGUGCAUGAUGUUCCCGGACAUCGAUGUGGAUCAAUUCUGUGCUGGUUUCCAAGAUGCCCAUACGGACAGUUGCCAAGGUGACAGUGGUGGUCCCUUUAUUGUAAACAAUUUCCUGGUUGGAAUCGUCUCGUUUGGCUAUAAGUGCGCUUUACGUGAAAUUCCUGGAGUCUAUACCAACGUGCCCUUCUACCGGAAUUUACGAGUAUUCAUCGUAAAUUUAAAAUUAGUCGUGUCUCCCUGCGCACUAAUAAUGACAACUUUGAAUUUGAAUAAAGUUAAAAUAAUUAAAAGAGAGCUUCAUGUUCCAACACUCGAUGAAGUUAAGAAUGUAUUUAUAAAGGCAUUGAAAGCCAAUUUUGAAGAAGUUGAAGUCGAAGUUAUUGACUGCCCAGAUUUGACUGAAGAGCCAUUCACUUUGGCUGCUCCAGGUCUUGGAGGUAGACUGACUAUAGUUGAUGUUGGUGGUCCACCAUAUUUACUUCCACUCGCUCAAAAAGACAAAAUUUAUGACAUUCAACCUUUAUUAAAGGAGCUUAAGUAUGGGGACAGAGCAUUUGUUGCCGGUGCAGGUGCAGGACCUUGGCCUUAUCUGAAUAGCAACUGCGAGCUUAUGAUGAAUGUUAUGAUUAAUUCAAAUAAAAUAAAAAAUGCAACUCAUAUUGCUUCUGUUGAUAAAAACAAUGAAACUUGUGUCUUAGAAACUUUGAAGGGAAAUGAAACUCGAUUUGCAGUUCUGGCAAAUUUAUUUCUUUGUGAAGGUAUUCCUGGAAAAGUAUUAAAAGUACACGUUAAAAAGAGGAUCGGUAAGAGAGAUUUCAUAAAUACUAUGCAACAGGCCCUAACAGAACAUUACACAGAUAAACUUGUUGGUUUAGGAGGAUCUUUUGUAAUUAAAGAAGGUAAAGUAAAGCAGCAUGUUAUGCCAGACUUUUCUGAUAAACCACUAAAUAAUCUUCAAGAAUUGAAUAAUUGGCUACAUUUUUAUGAUAUGACAGCACCUCUUAUAGCAGUUGGCACUUUCAUUUCAGCAGAAACAGAUUUAGAUCUACGAGUACAGCACUUUCACAGCUUUUCUCAUCAUGGGGAAGGUGGGCAUUAUCAUAUUGAUACAACACCAGAUACUGUUGAAUAUCUAGGUUAUUUCAACCUUGGUGAAACAUUGUACAAAGUCGAUCAACCAACAGUGGCAUUGCAAUUUGGUAAAGACUAAUUUUGUUGUAAACCAAAAACAUUGAGAUAAUUGAAUGCUAUAAGUGCCUAUAUACUCGCAAAAAUAAUUACAACAAUUAUUGAUUUUAAUCAGAAAAUAUAUAAAAUUGUAAUAUA